GCAAUAGAUGCACGAAGAAGAAGAAGCUUCAAAAAUAGCGCCUGUGCCUCGGAGACGGAUUUGAAUUGAUUAAUCGAAAUAAACGAAUUUCUUGCGUCGCAUUCCAUCAGAGAUGAAUACGCCGGGCAUGAGCCUUUUCCAGGGGGCGGACACCCUGAAUGUGAACUCUACGUUGGAUCGCCAGGAAGAGGAGGAGGCGUUGCAGGAUCAGAAAAGACGCGAGGAAGAGUUGGGAAACCUGCUUGAAAAUGCCUUCGAUGAUCUGGACGAUGAGGAGAACACAAUCGACUCUACUACGAAUUUCCAGUCUGAAUCGACUCCAUCGGAACCCUUUCUACCCACACACCCGCCACAUCCGUAUCCGUUGCAGGAAAAUCAUCAGCAUGCUGGGGAAAUAAACCGCCUAAAAAUGAUUCUCCAAUCCAAGACUAACGAAUUGGAAAAUGUUAAUCAAAUAGCCACCGCAGCUCACAAGCAACUGGACGAAUGUCAAAAGAGGCUGACUAUAACACAGGCAGAGCUGGAGAGGGCGUUGCGGGAGAAGCAAAAUACUCACGAAUUACUGGUAGAGACGAAGGAGCGGUGCUCCAAUCAGGACAAUGGUCUGGAGAAGCUGCGGGCGGAGAAGAAACUGCUCGAGGAGGAAAACACGCGUCUGGUGGGUCAGCUGGAGGUGACCAGGACGCUUCUUUCCGACAUUCAAUGCAAAUAUGACAUGGUCCAAAAGGAGUUCCAUAAAAAGGAGGAAAGAAGCGCCGAAAUACGGGUCAAACAUCUCGAAGAUAAUCACCGGGCGCAGUGCGACCUGCUUCAAAACCAACUUACACAAAUGGCCAGUCAGUUGGACCGCAAGAAGAGCGAGCUGGAGCAGAUGCAGUCCCGGUACAAUGCUCUGCAGUCAGGGCAUGAAUCUAUGCUUUUGGAUAAAGCUGCCAAGAUAAAUGAGUUGAAUCAAGCCUUAGAUGUUGCCCAGGUGCGAUGCAGACACUCAGAGGACCUGGAAGCUGACAACCAACGCCAGAAGCAAUGUAUCUCUGAUCUGAAUGCGCGCAUUGCGAGCCUGGAGCAAACCAUCAACUUGCUAAAUGAUCGGGUGAGCGAAACUACAGCUGAGCUGGACCUUAUGGAUAGCUUGUUGCAGCAACAUCAGACAGACGAGUCUCCCCAAGCUCGGCUUAGUCAAGUGGGUGCCUCCCGGCUUGUGGGCAGCACGCCCCUAAAUCCUCUAGACAGGGUCAGUCACAUCAAACAGGAGCUAUAUCGGGCACUGGCGAAUCUUAAGGGCAAAAGAGAGGAAGUACGGCGGCUGGAGAAACAGCUGGAAGAGCGUAAUCACGAAAUUCGGCAUUUACACGAACAGGAGAAUCAAUCCUUAGUCCAACUGGCAACCCUCAAGGAAGACAAAACCCGACUAGAGAAUCGUCUUAAAUCUUUGCAGGAGGAAAUGCAAGAGCUGAAAUGCCAUCCUCAGCUGGAAAAUCAACUUUCUCUUUUGACGGAAGAACGGGAUUCGCUAAAGGAUCUUAAUCGGAAAAUUGAAGACCAACUUGUCAGCGCCGAGAAGCAAUUGGCGGAUCUCAAAGAGCAACAUGAAAGCCUAGAAGAAAAACACGAUGAACUUACGCAGGAAAACCGAAAGCUUAGAAACAGUACCACUGCAGAUGACUUACGCCUUGAAUUGGAAAGACACAAGAUCCUGCUGAAGGAUGCCCAAAGCGAAGUAGAACGACUCAAGAAGCUCUAUGCAGACAUUGCCACGGACAAGGAGUCUUUGGAAUAUGACCUUAAGAAACUAAGACAGUCGGACACGCUAAUGGAGCUGCAGGAGCAAACCCAGCAGCUGGCGGCUGCCCAGCGAAAUCUUAAGCUAGUGGAAAUGAAAUCUGAAGAGCUGAGCAAGAUCUUGGAGGCGGAGAAGCUCAACCACGAACGGGAGCUGCAGGCUUUGCGCCAGAAACACGAGCGCCAGAAGCGAGAGGAGGCAGCUUCCAAGGAGAGCUCUGAAAGUUGUAGCAAGUGCAUUGAGAACAUGGCUGAAAUUGCUAAGGCGGAAAUCCGGAUAUUAAAGCUUGAAAACGUUAAUAGCGCGCAGAUCAAGGAAAUAAAAAACCUGGAGCUCGAACUCGAGGAGUCUAAGAGGAUGCAAGCAGUUAUGGCUGAGAAGAUAGAGCUCUCAGUAAAGCAGGAGGAAUUAAUUGCUGAACUCAAGGAGAAGGCCAAUCAGUUCCAGGCUUUUGUUAGUCAGCAGGCGGAAAUGGAACUCCAAAAACUUCAGAAGAAAGCUUGUCCUAGUCCCAAGGAAGAUUCUCCGCUUGGUGCAUCGCCGAAAGACUUGUCCCAGGAGCGUAUCAAGCGUAUAGAGCAGCGGGUACGGGAUGAGAUGGCGAAACUGUUUGCCGCCGAGCUCAAAAAGUUCACGACACGGCUACAACUGACAGAAGAGAAGAACCAGUGCCUUCAGAGGGAAUAUCAGUCAGUUUAUUCUGAGUUGCAGCAGCGUCAAACGGAAGUCGAUCUUCUAAAGCAGACAAUCCUGGCAGAGCGCGAGAAGAUUGAAGAGAUGCUGGCCGCCAAAGAGGAGAAGGAAAAGGCCAUGCUCCACAUGUGCCGUCAGGAGCUGCAGGCUAAAAAUCAUCGGAUUGAGGAACUAACGCGAGAGUCCGAUGAACAUCAGGCGAGCAUAGAAUCGGAACGGAAGUCAAUGAAAGUGGUUAUGGCGCACUGGGAGAAGCAGCAGGAGUCCAUUGAGCAGGUUGAGAAGAAGUGGCGGGAGCAGUUGGAAACCAUGAGGGCUGCCCACGAAGAGGCUAUGCGUGCCGCUCAGCAUCGUUACCAAAGUGCCAAACGGACCGCCCAAAACUACAAGCUCUAUGCCGAGGACAAAGAGGCGCACAUGAAGCGCGAGUACGAGCGCAUCAAGCGGGAAUACGAAGCCUCGUUGUCGAAAAUCGAAAGACAGGUAAACCAGCGCAUCGUUCACAAAAGUCGCGAUCGGCACCGCGACAAAGAGAACCAGCCCAUCAAUAGCAACACCGCCGUAACGACUACAAGCAACGGAAGUGGGAACACCAACAGUAAAGGAAGUUAGUAUUAGUCGCCUCUUUUGUAAAUCUUUAUUGUUACACCCCACAAUACAUUCCCUCGAGGUGAUGAUUUAUUUUUCAUCAUCCCUCGAUAAGGUAAACUA